AUGGAUUCGCCAAAGUCGACGGGGGUGGAGACCUCAUCCACCAAAUCCUUUGCGCCGCUCCUUUUUGACGAGAGGCGCCCUCACCAAAGGGACCUAAAUGUGCGGUUCAGAUUCGCCAAGUUUCGGCAGCGUCUAUGGGAUAAGAGACAGUGGAAGCAUGCUUCCGUCUCUUUGUUGAGAGAUGCCAGAUCCUUCCACUGGUUUGCAGCCUUUGCCUGGCUUUUUACCUUGGGAUGGACCGUCUCGCUGGGGCUUCUGUUGUUCUACCUCGGUUCCGAUUACCUUCAAUGGAAUACCGCGGCUUGCCAGCCGGAUGGCAACUUUGAUGUCACCAAAAGAAGCUUCAGUCGCUGGUCAGGGUCCGGGUUCUUCCAGAUCACGCUUGCCUGGGGUAGAUUCUCCUUCGCCGACGCCAAGGCCAUUGACGUCGCAUGGGAUGUUGUAUUUGGCCGUGGCGGCCAAGCCUUGCUUGCCUGGAUCUCGUGGAGAGCUUUUGCGGACUACACAGCAACCUCGAUGCAAGUUAAGCCCGUGACCUACGACACAUUCUACGCCAUAUUUCUCCAGGAUCAACCGGGGAUUUACUCGACGCUCCACCUGAUUCGUGAUUUCACCCGCUCUGGCGGGCUGCAAUCCCGAGUGACCAUGGUGGUAAUGAUCUUCGUCUCUAUCUUUGUUCUGCUGUUUCCCACGCUUGGAGGCGCAAUGUCGGGAUACUCAGCAAACAACGACGCGUAUGUGAAGGGGUACGAGGGGACACUGAUACCGCUGGACGAGUUUACCAUUGUCGGAUACAUAAUUCAUGAUGCCUGGCGGAUUAACAUGACCGGUGACCUUUUGCUCACUUAUCCCCUUUUGACGAAUUUGGCGACGGAGACUUUCUAUUACAGGGAACCAUCCUUGGGGUGCAUAGAGGAUGAUCCGAAUAGGACUGAUUACUGGUUGUCCAAGAGCUAUCGCGAGAUGUCGGCGGGAGAGAGGUGCUCAAUGCAUCGCAACGUAUCCGACUACGCUCAGAAAUACGGAUUCUACGGGUUGGAAGACAAAGAGUCUACUUGGAUGGGCCAGACUCUCCCAGCACCGACGCUCAACAUCUCGGCAUCCUGGCUGCCCCGAUCCGAUUUCACAUACGGUUGGAACUGGACCGACCCUCGCACAGGCCAGCGGCCCUUCGCAAGCUUCUCGCGAGCGGCCUACGCGGCCGGCAACGAAACCUACCGUAUCGAGUACCUGAAGGCGAACGGGAGCUGCCAGCCCAUGAGCGACCCGGAUUUCAGCGCGGACUCGGCGCGCGAAAGCUACGAGUGGGGCUUUUCCUUCCUUCAGCUGUACAUCCUCGUGAUCCUGCUGCUGGUCUGGACGCUCUGCAUCGCCUUCGUGUGGCUCAAGGCGAGGAUGACGAUGCGAAUGAGGCGCAGACGCGACGUGCCGAGGGGAUACAAGGGCGUGCUGGAGCUCGCCGGCGCGAUACGAAAAGAACUCCAGGAGUGCAACCCCGACGACCUCUCCCACGAUCAGCUGUACGAGGAAAUCAAGAAACGGCUGAGGGGCGGGAGGAUCGAGCUCGAAAAGGCAGAUUCGCCGGAGCCCUGGUGUUUCUGGCGGGGGGGCUGGGCGUACUGCAAGGACGAAAAGUGGUGGGUAGUCGCGAUUCUGGUCAUGAUACCCCCCUUUGCAGGGCUUGCCUCUGUCGACAACUCGUUUGGAUGGUGGUUGCUCGUCCCCAUAAUCUCGGCGAUGCUAGCCAUGACCGUAGCCCGGUCGAGGGAGAGCAGGUUUGUUCUCCUGCUCGCCGGCUCCGUUCUGGGGACUGUCGUAUUCUUGGGGGGUUGGUAUGGAACUAGACAAAACACUAGAUACCGGUGGUACUAG